CGCAACAGCUUCCGGUUUGAAGUAAAAACACAUCUUUGACAUUGGUCUCAUACUCGCGUUAAAUAUGGCUUCUCUGUCUUUAAAUACCUUAAAACAAAUCAUGAGAGCAAUGGUAGACAAUCCAGGAUUUGACAGAGUCCUGAGCAAGGUGGAUGUUUUGUCUGCAAGCCCAGGUAAGGUGGUGUGUGGUUUGCGGGUAGAGGAAGAGCACACCAACCGAGGAGGGACGCUGCACGGCGGACUGACAGCUACCCUGGUGGAUGUUAUCUCCACCAUGGCCAUCAUGUACAGUGAGAGGGGAUCACCAGGAGUCAGUGUGGAUAUGAACAUAACAUACAUGAAUGCUGCCAAGAUAGGAGAGGAGGUACUCAUCACUGCUCAGGUUCUAAAGCAAGGACGGACCCUGGCAUUCGCCACAGUAGACCUCACCAGCAAAGCCUCCGGGAAGGUCAUAGCACAAGGCCGACACACUAAACACCUCGGCGGCAGCUGAACUCGCUCCUAUGUGCCUGUCUGUAAAUCACGUAUCAUGGAACUGUAUGGUUAAAACAAGUUAACAAGAUGUUAACUAACCUCUGACUGUGAAAACAAUGUUGUUGACAAAUCCUUCUCAGCUGUUAACUUAAUUCAUGUUGUAACACAUAUUUCGUCAACAGUACUGUAUGGUCAGAUUCACUCCUAAUGGAAACACUGUAUCAAUGUUUCAUGCACAUGCAAUAAAAGAAAUAGACAAGAGUUAUGCUUUCAGAAUUUGCAUUGUAUUGGGAUAUGCUCAGCAGUAUUGAUUUGAGAAUCAACAGAAAAAACCCAGAAGUUACACGCCUUAUACCCUUUCAACUGAACACACUGAAUCAACAAGGAGCAAAAUUAUAUGUACUAUGAACCUCAUAUUCUUUAACAAGCAAGCCUGCAAAAUCAAAUUUUAAUUUAAUGAGCAUUGUAGCAAAUUAUAUUCAUUUUAGUAGGUCAAA